CAACGCUCUCUGUCUGGUGACGCAAGUUUCCCGCCCUCACUUCUACAAUCCCCGUGUGUGCGAAAGUUGGCAAAAUAGUGUUUUCCCUGAGAUUUUACUUCAGAACAUUUUAUAUUUGUCAGGCGUUUGUCAGCGACCAAGGAUGCCUUCCACUCACGACUGGAUUAACAACCCUCUCGAUGUUGUUGAGGGGAUGUUUGCUGCCUCCCAGAGCAAUCCAAAAUCUGGAUGGGAGGCGAAAGUGGCUGAAUUCUUCAAAGAUCGCCUGAAAGAGAAGGACGCUCACACCUGGGUUCCGUCUUUGAACGACAUCCCUCUGCACUACCUGAAGCCCAAUAGCCUGGUGAAGUUUCGUUGCCUUAUCCAAGACAUGUUCGAUCCGGAGUUCUUCAUGGGAGCGUAUGAGACAGUGGAUCCAUCUACAAACGCCAAAGUGUUGCGAUGUGGGCGGUAUAAAGAUGUAACAGAAUGUGGGGUGGAUUUUAACUCCAGAAACACUGUGACUGCAGAGAGACAGACUUUCUACUGCGUGCCAAUCCCUGGAGAAAACCCCUGGGUGAAAGAGAGCUAUGCUUGCUCUAGCCAGGCGAGAGUGGUGCCUUCCACCUCCUACGCGCCAACCAGACAGAAACGCAGCUAUGAGGAAGACGACAUGGACGACAUGGACACGCAGCCACAGAAGCAGAGGGAGCCGCAUUCUGCUCCUCAAGGUCACACUGAACAGCAUGGCAAUGGUGACUGUAAGCGGCAGGAGACAGAAGCUCCUUCCAGCCAGACAGCAUCUGCCUCCCAUCUCGACCUCAACUUCCCCCUACCAGGAGAGAAGGGUCCCUCCUGCCUUGUCAAGGUGUACGAGGACUGGGACAGCUUCAAACUGAACGACACACUGGAGGUCUUCGGGAUCCUCUCUGUCAGUCCUGCUCUCAGCGCCCUGGCCGACGAGAAAGACGCUUCCUCAUCCAUCCUGGACCCGACAGAGUCCAUGGAGACGGCAGAGGAGCAGAGAGUGCACAGCCCGCCAGCCUCGCUCGUUCCUCGCCUCCACAUGCUCUACGCCAGGCCGCUGCCACACAACAACCCCCUGCUGCCAUCCGCCACCUUGGAGGAAAACGGUGCCUUUUUAUCUUCAACCCUGAGUGAGAUGGCCUCCGUCAGGGCGGAGCUGCUCACAUACUUAACUCACGUCCUGCUGGGAGAUGCCCUGGCCGCUGAAUACCUCAUUCUGCAUCUCAUUUCGAACGUGUAUGCUAGACGGGAUGUUCUCCCACUUGGCAAGUUCGCCAUGAACCUGAGUGGCUGUCCUGCUGCCGCCUCGUACACGCAACGCUUCUACCAGAUCAUCCAGCAGCUCGUGCCUUCUUCAUUCUAUUUGGGCAUGAGCCUCCAGAACAUGAACCAGAUGAGGUUGGUGCCCAAGAAGGACUACGUGGCCAAUCGGUUAGUGAGCGGAGCCCUGCAGCUGGCCAGAAACACUUCCCUCUUCCUGGAUGAAACCCAUCUGGAGCAGGGACAGCUGGACACAACAGGUGUGCGUAACGUCACGGCCCUGGGGAACCUGAUCUCGUGGCAGAAGGUUGAUUAUGACUUUAACUACCACCAGAUGGAAUUCCCCUGCAAUAUUAACGUGCUCAUCGCGUCAGAGGGCCGCUCGCUGUUGCCGUCGGACUGUCAGAUACACCUACAGUCUCAGGUCAGCCCACCCAACAUGGAGGAGUAUCUCAGCAGCAUCCAGUUGCAUCCACAGACUUCGUCACAGCUGAACAAGUUCCGAAUCUACCUGAGCGUGGCCCGUCAGCUCAACUACAGUAUUUCUGAUGAAAUGACAAAGUCAGUCGAGGAUGACUUUGUUGAUAUGAGAAAGGACGACCCCCAGAGCGUUUCAGCUGAGGACCUCCACAGGAUGCUCGUCGUGGCGAGGUUGCUGUCUCUGAGCCUGGGACAGACCUCUCUCACCAGAGACAGCUGGCUCCGAGCCAAACACAUCGACAUGCUGCGGAGGAGCCGGAUGGAACAGCACCAGUGUGUCAAUGGCAACGAGCCGUGAUCAGAGAGUCAAAUUACUUGGCUUUUGUUUUUUCUUUUUGAUACUGAGAAAAGUUUGUAAUAAAGAUGUUUUUCAUAUGCCGGAAAUAGUUCAUGUUGUGGUCAACAUUUAUUUUUUAUCGUGCCAAGUCGCAGAGAAGAUUUUGAUAUAUUUUCACCUUGUGGACUAACAGGAUUAAGUUGUAGAUUGUACAAAGUUAUAAUUACUGUAUUUUUCCCUUCAUUUUCACAGCCUGUUGAGUUUAGACCAAACUUUCUAUGUUUAUGAAAAAAGAUUUUAAUUGUUUUGCAAAAAUAUGUAAAUACAUUAAAGGUCCCAUAUGCUCA